CAGUCUUCAACUAAUCCUUUCCUCCUCUUUCCUAAGACCAACAAUAUUUGCUUAUAUAAUCUCAAAAAAUCUCUCAGCUCCUCCGUAUCUGGCUGGCCUGAGCACCACGCAGCGCAAUAGUCCAUUCUUGCAAGCCAGCGCCACCAUCAAUUGGUGUAGAACAGUGCCGCCAUCCACCUAAUCGCCGUCGUGUGGUGAGAAUUUGAUGGCUGCUGCAAACCAUAUUGAAGAAUUAUAUGUAGCAUCCGAUCCCAAAAUCAAGGCAUUCUUUGAGUCAGCUCCUCCACUUCAGGAUGCUGCUGAUAUCAAGGCCAGGUUGAAUGAAUUUAUUCAAAGGAAUUAUUCAACUUCAGGAGUUGGAAAAGCAAAUAGGAUAGUGUGUGUUACUUCUGGUGGUACUACUGUACCAUUAGAGAAGCGGUGCGUUCGAUACAUUGAUAAUUUCAGCUCAGGUCACAGAGGAGCUGCUUCUACAGAAUACUUUUUGAAGUCUGGUUAUUCUGUCAUAUUUCUCUACCGGAGGGGUACCUGCCAACCAUUUUGUAGAGAUCUUCCAGAAAAUGCAUUGCUUGAGUGCUUAACAUAUAACAACGGGUCAAACCUUCAAGUGGAUCAGAAAUCUGCUGAUGUGGUGAAAAGAGCAAUUACUGAACAUCAGGCUGCAGUGGCUGGUGGCUCUCUUCUGAAACUCCCUUUCACAACAAUUUUUGAGUAUCUACAGAUGCUGCAGCUGAUUGCUUUAUUGCUCAGAAGAGUUGGUCCAAGUGCUAUGUUUUAUCUUGCUGCUGCAGUUUCUGACUUUUACGUUCCCUGGGAAAGCAUGACAAUGCAUAAGAUCCAGUCUGGAUCUGGUCCUUUGGACAUGCAGCUUGCUCAAGUACCAAAGAUGCUUUCAGUGGUCAGAACUGAGUGGGCACCAUUGGCUUUCUGCAUAUCUUUUAAGCUUGAAACUGACAAAGAUAUCCUGUUGGAGAAGGCGGAUAUGGCUCUUAAGAAGUACGGAAUGCAUAUGGUGGUAGCUAAUGAGCUCUUAACUCGUAAGGAGGAAGUCAUAGUUGUGUUACAGAAUGAUAAGAUAAGUGUUAGAAGAGAGAAAUCCGAGGCUGGGGCUGAUGUAGAGAAUCCUCUGAUCAAGCUCAUUGUGGAAAGACAUUCGGAGUAUAUUACAGCUUCUUCAGCAUAAUUGCCACGAUUUGCGACAGGUAGUGUUUUUCAUCAACUAGUGUGGGUUCAGAACUUGGGAACAUUUCGUUUUGUUACCAGUCCUUUAUUCCUAAAGAAAACUGCAGAACCACCACCCCAUACACCAAAAGAAUAAGAAUAAAAGGAAGGCUGCAGUAGUAGAUUAUUUGCAUUGCAUAAAAUAAUUUCACAUUUGUAAGGGACACUUCCAUUCUGCGGAAGGGACUGAUAGAUGAAUCAAGUCUAUUCUGUCACUUCAAUUA